GUCAUGCUUCAUUUGCAUAGACGAGUUCAUGAAUUACAUGUGUAUGUUUAAGAUAUAUAUUUCCUGGAAUGGCCCCAAUACGAUAUAGUCUGCAUUAUGAGGAUUAUUCUGAACAUUUAAUGUCGAGAUUUGGAAAACUUUUGCAAAUGCAGUCGAUGGUGGAUAUGACACUUAUGUGUAGCUCACACACUCUACGUGUUCACAAAGCAGUUCUCGCUGCAAGUAGUGCUUAUUUCCAGGAAGUACUGCAAAAACAAAGUGGAGAGCCACUAAUAAUAUUAAAAAUGCGGUUUAGUGUAUUGAAGUGUUUGGUCGAAUUUAUGUAUUGCGGCAAAACACAGUGCUUGGAGGAGAAUUUAGACGAGUUAGUCUCUGCGGCGCAGUUUCUAAAAAUCAAAGGUCUCUCUAAAGUGACCAAGGAAGGUCUUGGUAUAUCAAAUACUGAUGAACUACCAAUUUUCACUCCGCCAGUAGUGAUAAACAGACCUCCACAGUCAUUUAUCGAUUUACAUACACAGGACUCCGACCCGAAACCCCCACAGCCUCUACCCCCGACGACAUGUACAAACCAACCCGUAGACUCAAUGGGAUGUCCUAACAAGGAUAUGGUGGUGCGUAUUCCAUUCGAUAUCGAAAAUGGUAACAAUGCGUCAUCCGGUGCAGACUAUCCUGAGGGACCGAGAGCCAGCAAACCGAGGCGUGGCCGCCCUAGCGUAAGGCAACGAUCAGGCUGGGAUAACUCUGGAGUAUUGGGACGGGCCGCAGAACGCGCACUUCUCCGUCGGGAGCAGGAUUCACGGAAAGCCAUACAUCAUCUUAAACAUUUACAAAACAGGCACAUGCAGGAUUUUAUGGAUAGAGUAUCGUUAUCUCAGGCAGUCAGCAGCAUUUGUGGCCCUGAAACGUCCACAUCGAACAACUACAUGAAUCUUGAAAACGAUCUUAUAUACAUGGACCAAGCGGUUUCCUCUAAUGUUCUCGAUCCUUCUAUUGGCUAUAAUAAAGACCCUAUAGGAACCGAUACAAUAACUUCAAGUUACUCGACUACUCCAACAUGUAGCUCUACAAAUGAUACUACUAAUAAUGGCAUUAGCAGUGCUAUGUCACAAUAUGUUAACGCCCUCAAAAAUGCGGGACUACCAACAGAUCUACCAAUAUUGUUCGAAUCUGGAGACGGAUCGUACAUCAAUGUUAAUGAACAAGUGCUUCUAGAUAUGGUUCAAAGUAGUGAGAUACAAUAUGAAGUAAUAGAACAGCCAAACAUAAUAGAAAAAGUUGUAGAUCCGAGUGAAAUCAAGAGCAUUGAUGAUCUCUCUAAAUCAAUAGAAAGAGGUGAAAUGCUUCUGAACUCAAAAUGUUAUCCCUCGACACCUAUAAUAACUAAAGAAACUGAACAAUUUAGUCAUGAAGACGCUAUUAAUAGUUUAAAUGCUAUAUUACCUGACAAUUUGGAGUCAUUCACUGAACAACAAAGCUAUGUAGUUAUGGAUCCUCGUCUUCAAGACAAUAAUAGCUCAAUAGAAACAGUGAAUACUAAUGAUUUUUCAUGUAUUGAUGGUGACAUGCAGUUCUUCACCAAAUCUAUGAGUGACGAUAUAAAAAAAUAUUAUGAAGAUGAACAGCUAAAUAGCACGACAGAUGCUGAGCAACUGUGUCCCACAAGCACAAGCUUAGAUACCAACUUUAGCAUUUCCUUAUUAGAUUCAAAAACCAAUCAUUUGAAUGAACAAUAUAAUCCUGAUUUAAGAAGAAAUGAUGAUUGUUAUGACUUUGCUUUGCAGCUGCCACAAUCUACUGAUUUUAAAGAUGAUGCAUUAGACUGCCUAAUGUCUACGCCGAAGGAAACAGAUGUUGACGGUACAACUUUUGACAGUAAUAAUCAACAGGAAUGUGCUAUAAAUUCACAGGAAAGAGAUGAAAUUAUAAAAGAUUUAAUGAAUAUAGAAGAUACCCUGGCGCAAAAUAAUGGCCUUAAUGAUAUAAAUAAAAUCAAUAUCGAUUCUAACAUUAAAGAUUACAAUUGCAGGUCCUUGAAUACUACUAUGGAAUUUGAAUCUGACAAUUUAACUGCAACGAAGAGAAAAACGGAUGUAGACAUUAAUGCUAGUGGUAUAGAUUGGCAUAAUAUUGAUAUUGACAAUAAGAGCUAUGAAAAUCAAAUAGAAAAUAUUAAUAAAAAUCAUGAAACCAUUAAAAAUAUUGAGAAUAUUUCCCCAGUAGUUGAAAAUACUGUAAUCGACUUGACCAAGUCUAUCAACGACAAUUCGGAUCAAUGGAGCGGUAUAGAAAAUAAAUCAAAUAAUAUAAUGGGAAAGGAAAUUGAGCAACCAGAUACGGUUGAAACCAUUAGUUCAACUUUGGAAGAUGAUAUCCCAUUCGCAGUGGGAUUACUGCCAUUGAAACAAACGCAGCCUGUAGAAGGCAAUAGUUUACUAAAGAGGAAAAAUUCCGUCAAUACAGAGUUAUUUGACAAAUUAGAUGCAAAAUGUUUAAAGCGGAAGGUUAAAUAUAAAAAUUAAUAAGUAAGAUCGAUUACAUUUAUUUCCGUUUAUUUUGUCAUAAAUUUAUAUAAUAGUCAUAAGUUUGUUCCUUAUAAUAAAUUAGAUUCUAUAAUUGUAUUUAUUAUUUCUACUGGUCGCCCAAUGGUCGAAAUUCGACCAUAAUUAGGAACUUAAAUUAUGAAUAGUUUGAACAUAAUUAAGAUUCUAUCGUCAAAAAUUAUAGACAAAGAAUAUUAAAGACAUACAGUCAAAUACAUGGUAGUAUGUUUUUUUUAUUUUACUAACUAAUGUAUAUUUUAUGCGUUUCUUAAAACAAUAGUUUUCUGCACUGAAUGUGUGCGAAAUUAGGAAUAAAAACUCCUCCAUACGCCCAAUUUUCGUAAAAAAGGGUAUAAAGUAUUUUUCACGCACCAAUAUAUAUAUAUAUAUAUAUAUCAUUAUAAAUAAAACAAUAUAAAUCAGCUGUCAUUCGAGUGAUACAUUUUAUUGAAAACAGUUGCUUACGUACAAAAUUUCAACAUCCAUAAGGCAAUUUAUUUAGUUUGUUUACAACAACAAUGUCUCUAAUGAAAUUUAUUGCUUUUGUACUAUGUAUAUACACACUGGUUGAUAUAGCUUACAUACUAUUCAGAUCAAGAAAAUGGCUCGGAUUGAUGGUACUAUACAAUAAACAAUAACCUGAGAUUCAUUUUAUUUUAAAGUAAUAUCUAAAACAUUUGUGAUAUUGAUAAUCCUAAUAAAUAUAAGGACUAUAUCGGGCGUUAUGUGAAAAGCCCAUACACUAAAAACUAUUCUAUAUUAAUUCUGUGCCUCUAGUGAGAAGUGAAUUACUUCAAAAUUGCUAAUUAUCGAGCCAAUUUUUUUAAAAAAUAUAGUACUUUUACUAUUCGGAAACACAAAUAAUUGCCGUUAAUAUUUUUCCACUCUUUCGAAAUAAUUUGUUAAAAUAAGAAAUGUAUAACUCAUUAUGUGAAAGUGGUUCCAUUGAAGAGAAACCAUUUAUUGCGAAUUGAAAUUGUGACUUAUAUCUUUCAUUAUUAGAAAAUAAUAAAAAAUGUAAUAAUACAAUAAAAACAACCUUGCAGUGUGUUUAAGAAAUUUGUCACAUUUGGCACUUUUUAAUUUUCUAAAAUACUGACCUAUUUCGAAUUACGACUUUUUUUUCGCAAAUAUUUUGUUAAUUUUUAGUCUUUUACAUAGUUGCUUUUUAUUUGUGUUUUUAAAGAUAUAGUUACGUUUCUUAGACCUUUCGAAAAAGAUAAUUUUUAUUAUUUAAAGUAGCCUAAAAAAGAAAGACAUUAUAAAGCAAUUUCUCACUAGAAUCAUAGAAUAUAUCAAAAUGCUUAUUCGUAUUCUUAAAUUACUUAUUGUCAAUAAAGACAUAAUAAUAAUAUAAUUACAAUAUAAAAAAUAUAAAAUUUAUAAAUAUAAGUAGAAUACUCUUAACUAUAAAUUGUAAAUAAAAAAUAAAGCUGCUCGUGCAAUCCAUCAAAAGCAAUAUAUAACUAUUAUUAUAAACAUUGUUUCAACAUUUGUAUUCUUGACACCUAAAUAAAUUGUGAUAAAUAUAGGUAAUAUUUAUUAAAUAGCUAGUAUUGUUAUUGAUGAAAUUAAAAAGAAUAGACAAUAAAUAUAAUAGAAAAUUAACAAGAUAAAUAAUGGCCGGAUUGUAUCACAACCUAAAAUAAUCAUAAGAUAUAUAAAAAAGUGGAAUGUAAAUUUUGUAAAGUGCUUAGUAAUCUUGAAACAAUAAUAUCUGACGACAGUAAAAAUCACUAAUCUAAUGCUUAUAGCAAACAUCACGUGAAAAUGCAAUCAUAAGAA